CCAAUGCGCAUAUCUUUCACCAUUAUUUAUGCUGCGUUGUAGCGUUUGACUGUGUAGCCCCGAUUUUUUUACUGUUCUCACUGUGUUUGUAAAUUGUUCUUUAUCAACUGUAUAGCGUAAUUUUAGAAGCGGAAUUUUCUUGCGUUUAUCUUCGCUGAUCCUGUAACUCCUCUGCUACUCAUAGUGUAUUAAUCUGUAUCGUCACAGUAAAUAACGUACGCUGCAUCCGGGAGGUGGUUACUUAAAACCCCCAGGGAUCACCGCGUAGCGUGCCCUGGCUUCUCCUCGGAUUAAUAUAAAGCGCUGCUCUCACCGAUGGUCGCUCAGAAUUCCCACCUAUUUGUGCCGUCUGACUUUUUUUUCCUUUUUCGGCGGGUGUGUUACGGUUAAUUCGAAUGUCUGUCAUUAAUGCUAAUAUCCCUAAAUAUCUGCGUAGUUCGCCCAUCAUUGCCCUCUUAUCGUCUCACGCCAUCUGUAGCAUCCGUAGUGGGGAACAGUUAAUCUCACUUGCCAUCCCUUCUCGUGUCUGGUGGUGUCUUUCUGAACAAUUGCUGUCGGCUUUUUCUCAUAGUUUGUUAUAUAAAGUGUAAGUUUAAUGAUGUCCUCGCUAGGAAAAGUCACCUUGGGUGGUCCGCAGGCAGAAAAACAACUGAUAAGACGAUAAGAACCCAUGAAGGCAUCACGUGAAGUACCCUCUCGAGCCUUAUCUCUUUCCUAGUCACCGUGCAGUGACUGUAAGUGUUGCUCACAUAGGGCACAUAGACGUUGUAAUAUAUAAUAUUUUUCCCUUCUAACUUAAUUGAUACAUGUUAUAAUACACAUUUUUAUAUUUGUGCAGUUUUGAAACCUAUAGCUCCCACUGAUGGUCCUCUAUUCGACAGAAAAGUUUUCGUUAUGUUAAACCGGUAGGGCCCUGCUGUAGGUGAAAUUAACCCUCAAGGACAUUACUGACAUGACAUUCAAAGGUCGGACUACGGACAGUUUACGAAUAGCUUGUGGGUGCGAUCUUCAUUACAAUGCAGCGACCAGCAUGAAUUUAUGAACGCCAAUUGUUGUUAGAAAGCAUGUAGCAAGCCCUGUAUGGAAUCUGAGACAAGAGGCUUUCCACCACACUUGUGACGUCAUGUCCCGUGGGCCAUGGGUCCGGCGUGGGAACAUCGAUGACGAUCGCAACUGAAGUGUUCGGCGGAGCCAGGGCACGAUGAGCGCAGGGUACAAAGACUGACACGUGAACGACCUGGCACUUGAAAGGAGUGCUGAAGAAAAAGCAGGUAUUCGAUCAACCACCCGUCAACACGUGCCAUUACAGCGAGGGCUCCCAGGGAGGUCACCUUCUUGCACACGGUUGUAAGGAGCAAUAAGAGACGAUGACGACCGUUACGACAAAUAAAUCAGAGCUGGAGCUCCACAAACUCCUUGAACGAGCAGACCUUCUCUCCUACUACGACAAAUUCAUCGAGAUAGGCGGGGACAAUGUGCAGCAGCUUCGUGACUCCAGCGGACACGAUUUCCAGGAGUUGAUCAACAUGGUAGAUAUGGCCAGAAAGCCACCUCACGUCAAGAGGUUCAAGAAAGCACUGGCAGAGUGGAAACCAGACACAGUUGCAGCAACGUCCACUCCAGCGGAUGGAGCAGAAGGGGAGCUUCACAAGCUACUUCGAGGAGCGGAUCUUCUCUCCUACCACGACAAGUUCAUGGAGAUAGGCGGGGACAAUGUUCAGCAGCUUUGUGACUCCAUGGGGGACGAUUUCCAGGAAGUGAUUGACCUUGUUGAUAUGGCCAGAAAGCCAUUUCACGUCAAGAGACUGAAGAAAGCACUGGGCCAGUGGACAGGACAGUCAGUCAAGGUAACAUCCACUGCGGCCGACGAAUCAGAAGAGGAACUUCACGAAUUACUUCGACGAGCGGAUCUUCUCUCCUACCACGACAAGUUCAUCGAACUGGGCGCAGACAAUGUGCAGAGGCUUUGUGACUCAACCGACGAAGAGUUCCAGACACUCGCCGAGCACGUAGGCAUGUCCAGAAAGCCCCUUCACGUGAAAAGAUUGAAGAACGCACUCAAACAGUGGUCAGGCCAUGCAGCCGUAAUGACGUCCAUUCCUUCAAACGAGUCGGAGCGUGAAGUUCACGAACUGCUUCAGCGAGCGGAUCUCCUCGCCUACUACGACAAGUUCAUCGAGAAAGGCGUAGACAAUGUGCAGCAGCUCUUUGACUCCACGGAAGAAGAGUUCCAGGAGUUCAUGGACCUUGUUGGCAUGGCCGGAUUCCCUUUUCACGUGAUGAGGUUCCAGAAUGAACUGGAACAGUGGACAGGACACCCAGUUGCAAUGACGUCCGUUCCGGCAACAAAACCGAGACUAUCGGAGAUUCACCACCUCCUUGAACCAGCUGGUCUCCUCUUUUACUGCGAGAAAUUUGAGGAAAUAGGCAUGGACAAUGUGCAGCAGCUUCGCGACUUGACUGACGAAAAGUUCCACGAGGUCAUCAACCGGGUAGACAUGGCCAUGAAGCCGUUUCAUGUAAAGAAACUCAAGAAGGUACUCAAAGAAUGGACGGGGCCCGCAGGAAUUUCUCGCUCCAAGGACAUGGCUUCGACAUCUGAAUUGGAUCCCAACAUAGAAAGGUCGCCACAGUGGGAAGACGUCAGGAAGGAAAUGCACGAAGCCAUUGCGGAGGAAGACGAGGCUGGUGUUCUAAAGUGCUUGGAUGCUGCACCUGCUUUGAAACUGUGGUUGGACCCUGUUAAAGAAAAAUCAGCUCGUUACAGAGCUGUUAAAAAGAAAGCCAUCCGUAUACAUGGCCUCUUAGUCUCGCGGGGAUGUGGACUCAAGAACAAGAAAGAAUCAUCGUAUUAUCAACAUCUGUCACGCGUUCAUCGAGCUGAAAUUCGACGGCAACGAUACUACACCACAGAAUGCAAAGACUCCUACAUCUAUUACUUGAAAAGUACAUCAAGGAGCGUCGGAUGUGAUGACUUCGAGGAGCGAUUGGAGAAGAUGUUCAGGGAACUUUCAACCGACCAAUUAAACGAGAAAAUAUUGAAAGUUGUUGCCACAGCACCGCAUCUGGAUAUACUAUUCGACUACAACAGUGAAAACGUUCAGGGGAUCACGGGUUGCAGCGGCAGCCGCGUCCUCGGACUUGCUACCUGCGAAGAGCAAAGAAUUUUUAUCGGAGGCAGAGGAACGGAAGCCGAAGUCCUGGGCACGUUUAUUCACGAAUCCUGUCAUUUGGCACUUCAUCUGGUGUAUAAAAAUGACGGCAAGCCAUAUUCCCGCGAAGAUACCCAAACGGAACAGAGAUACACAGCCAUUCUGGAUGACAUAAAACGAAGAGAAAACGAUGUGGAUGACUUGAUACGACUAGCUUUGAUGAAAAAUGAAGAACAAGAAGCGAUUGUUCGUAUCCCACACAUACUAACUCAAUAUGGCAGCGAUCAUGGAAAUACGGUUCUCGAAAAGGAGGUACCAGAGUUACGAAAGUUUUUCGAGGAUACUGUCAUCCCGGACAUGCAGAAAUACAUUCAAAAUGGAAUCCCGUCGAUAGAUGCAACCAUGAUAGAAAAGGUAAACGAGAGACUCAACAAAGCUUUCAACAUUGGCAAACUGAAAGUCAAUCUCGAUAACCAACCGAAGAACAGUGUCUGGGAAAACGGGUUGCUUCACGUAGUUACGGGCCCAGAACUGAGGCUUCUCGAAAUAAUGGUUCACAACGCUGUGCAAUCUACGGGACUUCCGUACAUGUUUUUCGAUGCAAAACAGCUGGACUCCGCACUGGAGGAUGUGUUACUAGACUACAAAUAUGCUUUUGCGCUUGUAACGGUCCAACAAAACGAAGGCGUCCGAAAGAUGAUUAAACUUCUCAGUGAAGUCUCUUGUGUCACUGGAUCAAAAGUCAUCUUGCUCGUGGAAGACAGUGGUAAAGACUACUUGGUGAAACAAGUGCAAGAAGAUGCAUUCUUUGGCGAGAGGCACAAAGUUCAUAGGAUCGACGAAGCAAGCUUUGAGCAUGUUACGUAUAGCUGCAAAAAAGGGAUUUUCGAAAAUUCCCGCGUAAAACUUCAGGGCCAAGACGUUUCUAAGCUUAAGGACGCAACGAAUAUAGAUACCUUCAUACGUUGCGUAGACACCCCUGUUUUUCUAAAGCUCUGUGAAUCAACGAACAUUGACGUGGGACCUGCUCUUCAUGAACUACAAGAACGUGUUCAGAUCUAUUACGUCGAAAGAGAGUGUAGAAGAGCCGUGGAAAUUAACUUGAAAGAAUGCAAUCUAGGCGACGACAGUGAGGCUUUCGCACUUCUGGGCUGUACACACAAUCAGGUCGCAACACUUCUACCUCACGGUUGUAUGGCAAAGGCCAAGGAGGAAUUAACGAAGUUCGAGAAAUUCGUACUCCUCCAAGAACUACGUGACUACGAAGCCCUCCUGGAAAAUGUUCAUUUCCUAAACAAAGUAGCGCACCUGCUAAAGUUCGAGGAACCUCGUAAGAGGCUCUUGUGGACAAAAUCAAACGGUCGUCUCAGUCACCUUCCAAUGACGGGAAGUGAGAGUUACACCGAGGACGCGUUGUUAAAGGUAAACGAGAAGGUAGUCAUUGUCUCUGGUGCACCAGGUAUGGGAAAGAGUGUGUUGGCAUCUCGGUUGUGCACACAGUUAAAAAGUCAAGACAAGAAGCGGUGGGUGCUCUACGUCGACCUUCUUCAGCAAAUGGCAUUAGUUAGAACGGCGCUGCCUAGUCUGGAAUAUCUAGCGGAUCUGUGCCAAGUACGAAAAGAUGGUCUCGAGUUCGCUUUGUUCGAGGAAAGCUUCAAGAAUGGUAGCCCUUUCGAGGUCGUCGUCAUGUUGGAUGGCUUCGAUGAAGUCAAAGAGAAAUGUCGCAAGUGUGUACUCGACUUUAUUCUGUUUCUAGCUAACAAAAAAAUUUACAAGGUGUACCUAUUUACUCGCACUGUGUGUAAACCCCAUGCACAAGAUGUCCUGCAGACGGUGUCAUAUGAUCUUGUUCCUUUUUCUGAUGAAAACCAAAAUGAUUUCCUCAAAAGAUAUAGGGCCCAAAGAAAAACUCAAGCGAGCAGCAAAAAGGCAUUUCUGCAAAAAUUCCAGCAACUGUACGGGACAUUGAAGAAGAAAAACAAGACAAUCCUGGAAACCCCUCUCCUACUUCGUAUGAUGGCUCAGAUGGAGAGCGGGGAAAUUACAAAGUCGGGCAAUUACUCUUCGUUGCUCAAAAUUGUUGACAUUUCCGGUGGGAGCAGUAUAUACACUGUACACAUCUACAAGAUGUUUGUCGAGUACAAGCACAUUGUGCACCGAAAAGAAAAGGUGAAGGAAGACAUCUCCCGAAGUGCUGUGCGAGGGGACAACCAUGACGCGAAGUCUCCAUUCUACGUAAACCAUGGUCUCCUUGCUAUGAAGUGUAUAUUUCCUCAGGAUAUAUUGGAAACCUUAUUGAACGAAGACGAAUUAGAGCAGUUAGAUCCCGAAGGAAGUUUCAUCACCGGAGUUGAUUCUUUCAAAGAAGGUUUUGUGAAUAGAAUUAACGACGCAGGAAUUCCCGUGUUCGUUCAUAAGACUUUCGCCGAAUUUUUCGCAGCUCACUACCUGUUGGAAAGGGUAAAAGGAAGAAAAAAAUCCAGGUUUAGGGAAAAUGUUGUCGGAUUGUAUGGUAAAAAAGACUACGAGGGUGUAAUGAUGUUGUUCGAUGGACUGGCGUCGGAGUCCUAUCCACUUCACUCUGCCGUGAUCAACAACGACGCUUCAUAUUUUGAGCAACAUGUUAUCCAAAGAGAGGAUAUGUUGAAGGUGGAUCAGCUCAAAAGGACGCCAUUACACGUAGCUGCCCUGCAUGCUGAUGGAACGGCAUUGAAGAGGCUUCCAAUGGAUGAUGAACUAAUCAGGGAUGAUUUGUUUCAAAUGUCACCAUUCGAGUACGUAGAACUCUUUUCCCCAUGGGGCGCAGAGUGGAUGAAAGAUCUGUGGGAAGCGUCUGUUGUGAGAUAUUUCCAGACUGUGACUCUUUGGAGGAACUAUCUGCGAACUGCGACUUCAGCUGUGAGAGACAGACUCGACGUAUUAUGCGCUCGAUGCAGUGAGGAAGCAGUGAAACAUUCUACCGAAAAUCUCCGCACAUGUGAAACCUUGGAGAAAAAGAGACAUUUUCUUAAACGAGCAAUAUUGACGGCUGUGAUACACGACCUACGAGGCGUUUUAGACGUGUAUCUGAGUUAUGUGUCCCCGAGAGAGAGUACAGGAGAACUGGACACAGACAUCAUGGACCAAUUAGAAUCACGCAAGGAACGAAGCUUGACAUGUUCUGUAGAGUCUUCGGUAAUUGGAAACCUUGAUAGUUUUACAGACAGCAGCAAUAGAACUGUCCCUUUUUACGCAAAGUCCGAGACUGUUUGCAAAAUGCUCCUUCCUUACUGCGAUAUGGGAAUUCUUGAUUAUGAUGGAAACACAAUGUUGCACAUUAGUGCGAAAGAAGGAAAUCUGGAGACAACACAGUUUUAUCUCGCACAUUUAUCCAUUAACAAUAGAAGGAAUGGACACUUUAAAACUCCUUUGCACUUGAGUGGAGAUGCAGAGAUUGUGAAGCUACUUCUCCGUCGUUAUCCCUCAGUGAAUGUUUUCGAUUAUCGUCAACGAACUCCGAUGGAUAUACGUGCAAAGAAAGAUGAUUUGGAGGCCAUGAAGUUGUUACUCCUUCGCACUCGGAUAGAUGACGCACAUCACAUCAGAUUAGACACAACGCUUCACGUGGCUUCUUACUCUCAUUCCCUUAAAGCUGUGACGUUUCUUCUACCUCACACAAAUGCGCACAUGCUUAACUACGAAGGAGAAACGUGCUUAGACGUUGCUUGGAGAAGUUGGGAAUAUGAGAAGAGUUUGGAUUUCAACGUUGUGAGGUGUCUCAUCCCACACUCACUCGUGAACUCACCUGAAACGUUCGGCUCAUCACCGUUGUACAUUUGGGCGGAAGGUGGUGGAAGGAAAGUGAUGCAAACUCUAUGGCCUUAUUUGCGACACAGUGACCCUAGGCAUGCACAGAGGAUCAGCAGAAGCUAUGCGUAUAUGUCUAUGUCUGUGUCUCUGAGCGAGGAUUUCCAAGAAGAAAUUUCGUGUCUGAAACUUCUCUUCCUCCAUUUAGAUGUCAUCGCUGGUGAUUGUUGUGGCAGAAAACUGCUACAUGAUAUCGCCAAGAAUAAGCCAAGUAAGAUAAAAGAAGUAAAUUACAUUAAUUACAUGAAGCUGUUACUGCCGCAUUUAAAUCUGCAUAUGGAGGAUUAUGUAAAAUAUAGCGUAGAAAAUGAUGACACUGUUACCUUAUAUCGGGGAUGGUCGCACAUGAAUAACACCGAUGAUCCCCACAUUGACGAUGUCAACGCCGAAAUGGUCGACGACGAGGGCAGUAUGAAGUUGCUAAUAGAAUCACGGGAAGGUAAUGCCGAAGCCGUGGAACUUCAUCUCUCACAUUAUUCCGUGUGCUUUACAGAUGAAAAGGAGAACACUGCAUUGCACUUGAGUGCGUCGAAUGGACACACAAAUGUGGUGAAGCUUCUCAUUCCUUUUUAUACAUCAGUGGACGUGAUCAAUGUGCGUCGAGAAACGCCCAUGCAUGUGUGCGCCUCAAAUGGACACCUGGAUGUUGUGAAGUUAUUAUUACUCCGCUCUAGAAUGAGUUCCCGUGACGUGGUUGGAAGGGCACCUCUUCACUUGGCCUGUGAAAGUGAUGCCGUUGAUAUCGUGAACUUCCUUCUUCCCCACUCCUUCCCUAAUAUGUGCGAUGCGUACGGUUCCACGUGCUGCGCUUCUUCCGCCGAAAGAAGUGAAAUGAAUGUUCUGAGAUGCCUCAUCCCGCACUUUCUUAUGAACUGUCCUGAUAGCAUAAGCGAAUCACCAACGCUAAUGUGUGCUAAAGAUUAUAUAAGAGAAGGGUUGGUGACAUUAUUGCCAUAUUAUUGUGAUUAUGACGCUGCGAGUUUAUUGACGCUUUGCCCGCAGUCAUUUUAUGUGGGCUAUAUGAAUAUGAGCACUACGCCUUGCCUCAAACAUAUGGUUCUCCACUCAAAUGUCAGGGCAGUAGAUGUGUGUUUUCGUGAAACACUCAAACUCAUUCGACUGUUUUAUCAAGAGAGUGAUUCAAUGCUGCAUCCAAAUGGCACUGCGCUAUCACGAAACCUAAGGUAUAUUUCACUCUUGCUUCCUCAUACAAAUAUUUCUUCUAAGGACGAUGGAGGCAAGAAACUAUUACAAGGAGUCCUCCAAAGCAGACAGGAUCCCGAAUUGGUUAGCUUCCUUCAGAAGUGGACUCGCUUGAGUGACUUUCAUUCAUGAUGCUCACGAUUGUUAGCAACGGUUGUGGUUAAGCACCAAGUGGCACCGAGUUGUCAGUGGACACGAGCUCUGCAGAUGAUAUUGUAGUUUUAAGAGAGGUAUCAACAGCAGUCCCUUGCCUUCAUCCGAGAAAGCAGAAAUAUUCAGCCAGAGUAAAAAAUGAAAUACAAAAUCACUUUUCUGUUUGCCGAGGCUAACGGGUUUUUUCUUAUUCAUCUUGUUAAAAAGUACGGUUCUGUAGUAGGUCCAUAAGGUGAUCCGAAAAUGUGUAAAAAAGUGUGUUCCUAAUGUGCUUGUUAUAUGGUUAGCUACGUUAUACAUACCGCACUAUUAGAAUACGUGCUGCGUGUGAUUAUAUUUAUAUGGUGCAUCUCACCUUUAGUGGAUAUAUAACUGUAAUACUGCGAUUGAGCAUCACGCUCUUAAAAAAAAGUUGGUCAGUGUUAUAUCUUUUUAGUUCCAAAUUGCUACGGGCUCCAAAUUGCUUUGCCAGUUAUGAUUACAGAUUACAGUGUAGUUACAGACACCCAGAACAUUAAGAAUCAAUUUGACGUAAUCAAGGUUUGUGUAAGGGAACUACGAAUGAUAAAAAAAUACACGUCACAAAUUGGA